AUGGCCGCCAUAGACUCCUCGUGGACGCAGGACGACGAGUCCAUCGAGCUCGCCACCCCCGACUUCCACUUCGACUGGCUCAAGGACAGCCGCAGCCGCGAGCACUCCCCGGCACUCCCCUCUCCCCAGCUCGCCCAGCUCUCGCUCUCCUCGAGGAGCCCUCCCCCCGACUCUGCCACGCCGCCCCACCCGCCCUUCCAUUCCGCACGAUCGUCCCUGUCUUCCGCCAAUGUGGCGUCGCUGACGGACAGCUCGACAAUAUCACCAUCUUCAUUCGCCCCUACCCCGCCAGUCAGCAAUAUACUCAAGAACUCGCGCUCCUUGUCGCAACAAAACAUCUCUGGGUCAGGCGGAAGUAGCGCAAACUCUGGGAGAAUAUAUGGGGGCGCCCGGAAGUUUCAAAGAGUCGUGUCUGCCCCUGUUCCUCCCAGGCAAGAGGCCAAAAUAGAUCAAGAGCCUGAGACCUUAUCGGGAACGUCAGCAAAUGCGACCAUUCGCCCCAAUCUGACGCACACGUCGUCCGCAUCGUCCGUCAAUACACUUCCUUCUCAUUCGCGACCCAGCACCGUAACCCCUGCGGUUGACCGCACACUACCUAAUGCAAGGUCGACAACAGGCCGGAGGAUGGGCCUCUUGGCCAAGUUUGGAGGACCAGCAAAGCGACGGGUGGAUGCCAAUGACGAGGCUGAGCUUGCUGAAGGAGAUGAACUGCCAGGUGUCAGGGAGGAAACCCCGCCUUUGAUAGACUCUCCUCCUCAAAGAAGAGGUAGUGCUGAUCGAGGUGCUCCGGUGACUUAUCCAUCACUACCUACUGCCGAGCGAACGCAGCCAAACCCCCCACUCAAAGGCUACCGCUCUGCACCGCUGGCGCAGGGCUCGACGAGCAACUCGACCAUUCGCGAGGUUGAUGUGUCACAAGGACGGCAGCCGAUCAGCCGCGUGGAGAGAGAUCACCGAUCCAUAGAGCGCCACCCCGAACCAAUCGCUGAAGUGCAGGAGGACCGUCCCUUCCGUCCCUUCGGCAAGCCGUCCGAGCCCCCAGCGAGGCGUGGUGUUUAUCCAGAUCCCCGGCAACCUACGCAAAGAUCGGCCCAUCAGCAUUCACUGUCAGAGGCACCGCCUGACCCACCGAGAUCCGCACCGCCUGCGCCAGCCAGGCAGAUUACGCCGCCGUACCCUCCACUCCAUGCCGGUCGCCCAGCGCCGAAUAUUGAAGCGCGCCACGACUACCCUUCUGCUUCACAGGUACCACAAACAGCACCGUUACCGCUCCACUCUCUUCCCGAACAACCGGUCGCACCGCAACCAGUGGCACUCCAGCCAAAGUCUCUAUUCCACGUGAAUAAUGUACCAUACGAAAGAUUGCAGCGUUUGGGAAAAGGUGGAUCAUCAACGGUCUACUCUGUACUCUAUUCAGCACCCAAAAAGAAGAUAAUCUACGCACUCAAGGUCGUACAACUGGAACGGGCCGAUGCCGAGACCUACCAGAGCUAUACCAACGAGAUAGAUCUUCUCAAACGACUGAGAGGACACGCUCGCGUGAUCCAGCUCAUGGAUCACCAGAUAACGUUCAACCAGUACAAUCGGCCACACCGGCUGCUUAUGGUCAUGGAAUGCGGAGAAAUUGAUUUUGCUGCCCUGCUGGACGAGCAACGUGGCAAGGCCAUCAAUAUGAACUUUGUCGGUCUCUACUGGGAACAGAUGCUGGAAGCUGUGCAGGCAGUACAUAGAGAAAACGUGGUCCACACAGAUCUGAAACCGGCCAAUUUUGUGUUGGUAAAGGGGCGACUGAAGAUUAUUGAUUUCGGCAUUGCAAAAGCUAUAGCAAACGAUACGGUCAACAUUCAGCGUGAUCAGCAGAUCGGUACCGUCAAUUACAUGUCUCCAGAAGCGAUUCAGCGGAUGAACAAUCAAAAGGUGUUGAAGCUGUCAUAUCCCAGCGAUGUCUGGUCCCUAGGGUGUAUCUUAUAUCAGAUGAUAUACGGUUCCCCUCCUUUCCAGCAUAUCACCGGUGGUCCCUUGGCGAAGAUGGGUGUUAUUGCCGAUGCCAAUCAUCGCAUAGUCUAUCCCGAGAUUGCCGUCCCCAAGACUGCUGUCGGCUUUGGCCUCGAUGGACACCCUUUGGACCCAGCAAGUUUGGCGGUGCCCGUCAGCCCGGAAGCGAUCGAUUCGAUGCAGAGGAGUCUAGCGUACAGGAAGGAACAUCGAUUGACUAUACCAGAGCUGCUACAGCACGAGUUUUUGAAACCCAAAAUCAGAGCUCCUGCGCUUCCUGCGGGCACUACGCCUAUAACGCAAGAGCAGAUGGAACGUCUUGUCAACUUUAUCCUGACAGAACAUGGACUUCCCGAUCUACCGGAAGGUAACCAUACCGCCGAGGAUCUGUUCUCUCAACUCCAAGCGCAAAACUCGUUAUCUCAAUAA